AUGACUUUUGUAGUUAGUCAAAAUUCUAAUAGUAAUAGCACAGUAAGCGAUAACACAAACAAUUCAACUUCUAUAGUCGAUGAUAAAUGUGCGAAAUUCUUCGGAGUCAGUAAAUGUAGUCCAUGUCAAAAAACAACAUACGGCGCUUUUGACGAACAUCUCUCAAAUUGUUUUGAGUCACAUAAUGUUACUCUCGGACUGAGAAAAAGUUGUAGCACAUUACCUUGUGAUGAAACUGCGAUAGAAACUCUAAACGUAAAUAUUCAAAAAGACUGUCAACAAGAAUUGAUUGAUUGGACAAAAAGUGGUGGUAUAAACGAUCCUAAGAAUAUUGCACCGGAACUUUGGUUUUUAAUCUACAGGGUAAUCCCCGAUAAUCUGGCUAUAUGCAGUCAAGCUUCUGGAUCUUAUUGUGCCAUCAAUGUUCGCUCAAGAGUUGUAAACCAUAUAUUAAGUCUAUUAAAGCCUGGCCAGUCUACUAGCUUCAAUAUAACGAUAUCUCCACCCAGUGGGAUGGUUUUAUAUGGAAAUCCCGAAAACCAAGUACAUGUACAAAUACCAACGGAUAUUAUUUGCAGUGACUGUUACUCAAAAUUGGCGCAACCUUGGAUCGAUUUUUUCAAAAUGAAUACAUCAUCAAUUUCUGCCGUUCAAAGUUUUUUGGAUAAUUAUAUUGCACCAGUUAAAAGUAAUUUAACUCAAUGUCCAACUAAUUCGAAAGAGAGUGGAGGGACACAGGCUAGUCCAUCUACACCUAUCAACUCUGGUGAAACGGUAAAAGUUUAUUGGAAUUUAGUUUCUGCAUUAACGUUAAAUGUAAUCGUGUAUUAUUUAAAGUUAAUGUAA